CUCGCUAUUGGCUGUGGGUCUUGGGUAGUAGCCUGUCAACAAGAUGGCCUUCCUCUUCGCUGCCUGUGCUCCGCUCCAUUAUUUUGGUUGUUACGGGAGCGCACUUUACUAGAGGUCGGCCUGCUCCGCUGGCGAGCUGGAGGGUGGUCUUGGGGAGUCGAGCUUUUUCGUAAAGUACCGAAACUAUAGCUGGGCUUUUAUGCGGGGUUUUCCCCAGCAGGCCGAGCGAACAAGAAGUAACAAGUAGUUAGACGUACAUAAAGGAGAUAGUAAGAGUAGUAGGACCUGUCCUCCCGCAGAGGAGCAAGGCCGGAGAGCUCCUGGGUGUCGACAGCCCCCUGCGUGCCUUUGCGGAGAAGAGUACCGUCACAUACCGGGUGAUAAUAAUAUAGGGAGCCCGAGAUCGCAUGCCCUCCACCCUGUGGUGCUGCUGUUUGGCCAGCACUGCGAGCAUGAGAGGUGACGGACGCAUCGGCUCCCCAGCAUAAACGCAGACGGCAUCCUCCCCCGCCCCCCAAGCCGGUGUGAGCGCAGCAUGCUUCCCGCUGGCCCAUGAUGGACCGAGACACCUUCUCCCACAUCCGACUAUGGUGCCCGCGCCCCUUUGGAACCUACUCCCAAAACAAGCCCCGAGGGGGGGCCUGUGGAGCAGGGGCCUCCUUCUGCAAGGUCGACGCCGUGGGACGUACGACCUCGGAAGCGGCCGGGACGGGAGACGACCAGGAAGAUGCCGGCUCUGAGAACACACCCCCUGACCCAGCCCUGCCCUCCAGUGCCGCUGCGGUGUCGGCCCCAGCCCCCUCCCCGCCUAGCGCCCCUAUGGAGGAUGGGCGGGUGCUGCUCGAUACCUGGUAUGUCAUCAAGCCCGGCAACACCAAGGAGAAGAUCGCCUUCUUCGUGGCUCACCAGUGCAGUGGCAUGGGUCUUCCCCGGCCCAGCGCCAUGAAGGUCAAAGGGAACUGGGCCACAGACUGCACCAAAGCUAAGCGGCGGCGGCGCUGCUCAUCCUACGACCCGCCGGCCCGCGGCCGUGACCCCAUCCCCGAUAGCGCCCCACAGAUCCCCCCUGGCCCUGAGGAUGGCCUUAGAGUCGGGGAGACAGACCUGCUGUCGGUCGCCGAGAUGGUGGCGCUUGUGGAGCAGCGCACGGCCAUGGCACUACAGGGCAUGGUCGCCCAAGGCCCGGUGCCCCCCGGUUCAGCCCAGGUUCGUGGCUCCCCACUGGAGCCCACACCGCUCGUGUACCUUUCGGACCCCCCUGAAACCCAGGCCCCGUUCACCUCAGCUAUGGAGCAGCAGGAAUCGCGGCGCGUGGCCCAGGCGGUUGCCCACUUUGAGCAACAGCAGCUGGAGAACAGGCUGCUCCGGGCAGGAAACGGGCCACAGACCGGGGAGAGCGACUGCCAAGGGGACAAGGGGGGCAGGGGUCCACAUAGGCGGGGCGAGGUCCGGAUCGCCUUCCGGGUCUCCAGUCUGGAUCCGAGGUCUCAAUCGGAACCAGCAGGUCGGCCCAGCUGCAUGUUCAUGAGCUGUGGGGGCACUGGGGGUCAGACAGGGGCUCGGGCCAAAGAGAAGAUCACUUGUGACCUGUACCAGCUGGUCAGCCCGUCCAGCCGAGAUCCGGGCCUCCUGCUGGCGACGCCGGCCAAAGCAGAACCCCAUGGGGACAGCCCCGCCGAACAUCUCGUCACUGGAGUCCCUGGCUCGGAGACGGCCCAGGACUCGGGCCUGGGGGACAAAAAGGCAGCGGGUCGCGAGCAUGUGACGGGGUUCCAUGUGGAGGUGGUGGUGACGGGCGCCGUAGACCAGUGUGUCUUUUACGGUAAGGACAGCACAGAGAACGUGCAGGAGGAGACUGUGUGCUUCGCCAUGGGCAAUGGCACCCCUUCUACAGAUGCCAGCGAGGACCCUCCUCCCGGACAGCUUUUUUUCCUGCAGUCCCCUCGCCCUGAAGACGAGGCGGGGGCUGACGUCGGGGGACUGCGCCCGGUCGAAUGUGGAGGUACGCACGGGUCCGCAGCGGGGGUGCCCGAACGGCCCGAUUCCCCCUCGGCAAGCUCGGAGGACUGCCCCGACUCCUCGUCCUCCCUGUGCCGCCUCUACCGCCACGUCUCGCAUGACUUCCUGGAGAUCCGCUUCCAGAUCCAACGGCUGCUGGAGCCCCGGCAGUACAUGCUGCUGCUCCCGGACCACAUCAUGGUGCACAUCUUCAGCUACCUGCCCACGCGCUCGCUGGCUGCCCUCAAGUGCACCUGCCACGACUUCAAGGCGCUGAUCGAGACGUACGGUGUGCGAGCCACCGACUCGCGCUGGAACCAGGACCCGCUGUACCGUGACGACCCCUGCAAGCAGUGCAAGAGGCAGUACGCACGUGGCGACGUCUCCCUGUGCCGCUGGCACCCCAAACCCUACCACCACGACCUGCCUUACGGACGCUCCUAUUGGAUGUGCUGUCGCCGUACCGACAAGGACACGCCAGGCUGCCGGGUGGGCCUGCACGACAACAACUGGGUGCAGCCCUGUGAGUUGGUGCAGAGCCGUGCCAAGAGGGAGGACGGGAGGUGAGGGUAAUGGGGGCGGGGGGGGGGGGGCGCCCCACCUGCCCCUUACCCCAUCCCCUUACUGAAGUCUGGGUCACUGCUCUUAUUUGUUCACCCCACCUGUUUCCCGUAAAGUUGGUAUCGGUUCACCCCACUUUCACCCAGCACAUCUCAAAAUAGCCGAACACUGCCGAUAUCCCGGCUGUGGCAUGCGACACUGGAUCCAAGCAAUGCAGUGGUCUGAUUUUUGCAGCCCCCCUACCCCCGGCCCUUCCCAUGACCAAUCCACCCCAUCCCACUCGCAGCACACACUGACCCGUCCCGGCACUGCCUCAAGGGAGGGUAGAGGGUGGGAGGAGGGGUGUGGAUAGGAUGCUUUUGUUGGGAAUGGGAGAAAAAAAAAUUCAGUGGGAGUGGGGGGGGGGGGGGGAGAGAGCAAUUUGAUGUCAUUUUGUACAAGUGGUGUGAGGUUUGCUUGUUUUGUUUAUUUAGGGGGGCGUAUGAAUUUCUCUACUUUUUAUUUUCCCAGGGUGUUGCAUUUCCAUCCCCUAAUGGGAUGGGUUUUUUUUGUUUUUUUUUAAUUUUAUUUUUUUUAAGAGGUUUUUAUUUCAGGCCCGGCCUUAUCCCGCCACUCCCCAUUCUUUGUCUCUCUCUCCCUCUCUCUCUCUGCUGGCCGGCAGAGGCCGUGCGUUGCCAAAGCCGCUGUUUGCUCUGCGUGGGGAACACUGGGACUCGGUCCACGAGAACUCUGAAAACCAGCUUCCAGCCUUAAAUCCUGGCCCCGUACCCCAGCCCCUCAAACUGAAAAAAAAAAAAAAGUCAGGAAGAAUAGUCCGUUCUUCUGUUUUUGGGAGACCCCUGUAGGUGUCCGAGCUGUGCAAUGCUACGUGGGAAUUUCUGCUUCUCAAAUAAACUGAAGUGAUUUAAAACUGGAAA